GGUGCCACGUCGGUCGGAGGCUGGGGUGUUGAAAGUUGAAACCGUCAGAGAGAUGCGCGGGCGAGGAUUCAGAACUUUCGGUUCCUGCAACAAUCACCGUCGUCUUCUCCCCUUCUUUCUUAUUAUAUUCAGUUUCUAUGUAAACGAUCAUUUUGAUAAGAAACCCUAGAGAAGUAGCAGUUUCACUGUGAGGACGUGAAAGAGAGCAAGUAUGGGUAACUGGAUGAACAAGGAGCCACCGCCGCCAAUGGUGCUGGUUCCACCCCUCUUUGAUUUCCCUCCUCUCGCUGCUCGCACCAGGAUGUUGGAUUCAUCAUAUAACCUGCUAUUUGGGAAGCUUGCUUUAAAAUGCCUCUUUGAGGAUUAUUUUGAAGAAGCAAAACAUUUUAGCACAAGAAUUAUGUUGAAACCGAUUGAUGAUCCUCAUGUUGAUUUAAUUGCAACAGUCUCAGGCCCACUUGAUCAUAAGCCCGAGGAAAAAAUUGCAGGAAAUGCAUUGUUUCGCUGGCAAAGUGACAUUGAUGAUCCUCAUACUUUCAUGGACCUUUUCGUAUCGACUUCUGAUCCGAUUUUACAGAUGAGGUCUUGUGCAUACUCUCCAAGAUUUGGAGUUGGAACUUUUGGUAUUCUUCCAGUUCUAAUGAAGAAAAGAGUAUCUUCUGAGGACUAUGGUAUAAUGGGACUGAGAUAUGGCUCUGGAAAUUUUUCCGUAGGAGCCACGAUUUUACCUUUUGCUUUGAAAGAUGAAUUACCAAAGAGUGCAUGGCUGGUGAGCAAGAUGGGAUCUCUGACGGUUGGAGUGCAAUAUGAGCCGCAAUAUGCAAGCAAAGAUGGUGAAAAAUAUAAAAACUUGAUGAAUUGGAGUUGUGCAAUUGGCUAUGGAGUUGGAUCAGGAAGCCCCUUGAGUCCUUCUUUCAACUUUGGUCUUGAACUUGCCAAAAGUUCUCAGUUCAUUGCCUCAUUUUAUCAACAUGUGGUCGUUCAGAGACGGGUGAAGAACCCCCUUGAAGAAAAUGAAAUUGUUGGAAUUACAAAUUAUAUAGACUUUGGCUUUGAGUUACAGACAAGGGUCGAUGAUGUGAAAACAUCAAAGGAUAUCCCGGAUUCCAGUUUUCAAGUAGCUGCAUCCUGGCAAGCCAAUAAAAACUUUUUACUAAAGGGGAAGAUAGGACCUCUCAGCUCAACAGUAGCAUUGGCAUUCAAGUCAUGGUGGAAACCUUCUUUCACUUUCAAUAUUUCAGCUACAAGAGAUCGAACAGUUGGAAAGACUGCGUAUGGAUUUGGCAUUCGUGUUGAAAACCUUAGACAAGCCAGCUAUCAAAGAGCUGAUCCAAAUUUUGUGAUGCUGACACCGAGCAAGGAGCAUUUAGCAGAGGGCAUUCUCUGGAAAAUUGGGAAGAGACCCAUGUUGCAAUCAGAUGUAAAUGCUGGAAAUUUUGAUGGCUUACCUAAGGAAUUGAGACCCUUGGCCAAGAUUUUGUAAAUUCUGAUUCUCCUUUUUUGUUCUACUUCGUUAAUAGGAUUCAGAACCAAAUUUAUAUUUGAUUUGAUAAGGAGGUGCAUGUUCUUUCA